UCAUGACUUCCGGAAGAAAAGACACUUCUGUACCAGUACAAAUGUUUCAAGAUGUUUUUCAAUGCAGAUGAUGAUGAACAAGACUUUUUAUCGUCAUCAGGAGGGUCGAAGCUUGCUUCUCUCUUUGGAGUGGACAAAGCCAGCAACCAAGGAGGCAAUGAGUCCUUGAAAUACACAGCUCCAAAACAACCCAAGAAAAAAGAAGCUCCAAAUCAGCCAGGAGGCAGUCAAGCUGCUGUCACCUUCGCCACAGCAGUCCAUGCAUAUAAAUAUGUUGAUGGCCAGUAUGCCAGUCAGGGAAAACUUGGUGCUGCAAUUCUGGGCAGUCCUGCCUCACAGGAUUACAGAGUUUUGUUGUACGUCAGUAAACAACAACAGGUGACCAACGUGAGGAUUACACCGGCCUUUGUCUUCACGAUACAAGCCAACAACUAUGCAAGUUUUUAUGACGAUGCCAGACAGAGCUGGUCCCUCAUGUUUGACAGUGAAGAGAACUCGGAAAAGUUUGCUAAACAGGUGGGUUUGGCCAGAGCCAAUAGUACUGGGACAUCCUUAGACAGUGUUGUGACACAGGACCUCCAUCUGGGCGAUGGGGGGCCACUGGAAACCGGUGACCUUGUAGAAGUCAAGUACACAGGCUGGUUACUUACCAAUGGUACCUUCGGACAGGAAUUUGAUAGCAACGUGAAAACAGAAAAACAAUUUAAGUUCAAAAUUGGCAAAGGCAAAGUGAUAAAGGGUUGGGACAUGGGAGUGUUGGGGAUGAAGAAGGGAUCAAAGCGCCUCCUGGUGGUGCCUCCUGCUCUAGGCUACGGAAGUCAAGGGGCUGGCAACAAGAUCCCGCCAAACUCUACGCUCAUAUUUGAAGUGUCUGCUGUAAGGGUAAAAUUAGCCAAAGGUGAAUCACCGAAGCCCUCACCUGCCCCGACUCCAGAGCCCGUACCAACACAUAAUAGCACACCUAGCCCUGCACCCUCUGACCCAGAGCUUGACGACUCCACCGUGAAAGGGAGGACAAAGUCUAUUACAGAACAAAUGUCCCACCAGGGUGGGAGUAAAAGUGACAAGGCUAACCUGAUUUCUCGGAUGGCUAAGAUGGGUAAACCCAUGUUGCCCCUACAGGGUGCAGUAGCUGUUGAGCCUGAUAGUGAUGAGGAGGAACCAGUCCCUGAGUCACCUAAGCCAGUGGCAGUGACAGCUGCCCCAGUAACAGUCCAGGCCCCGCAUCAUGCAGCCACUAAGCCACCAGUAGUGGCCAAACCUGUGGCACAACAGCCAGUGGCAGCGCAGAUGGACUACACGCAGACAGCAACGGCUCCUGUUACCACCAAUCCCAUGAUGCAUCAGCCAGCCUUUAUGCCCCCACCUGGCCACCAGAUGGCACUUUACCAGUCACCACAAUCACUCCUACAACAGCAACAGGCCGCUUUUCUACAACAACAACAACUGUUACAGCAACAAGCAUCGUUCCAGCCUCCAGUAUCUUCGGCCUUCCCACCUGGGGUCUACCCAGGUGCACCACCCUUCCCUGCCGCUGCUCCUGUCAAUCAAUCUGAUGCGGCCACGCCCAUGUUGCUAUCGGAGACAAGGCAACAGAAUACAGAACUGAGGCUGGCCGUGGGAAAGAUGGCCGACAAGGUUGACACUAUAAUGCAGAAGAUGGAUCACUUACAGACACAGCAGUCUGGGGCCCUCGCGCUCCAGUCAUCUGCACCCAACAUGGAGGCAUCAGUACUCAUGCACAAUGUACAGCGCAUUGUACAGGAAAAUGAAAGAUUACGAAAGGAGGGGUAUGAGAUGAAUUCCCGAAUUGAAGCUCAAAAUAACAAAAUAUCUGAACUCCUACAGAGCAACCAAAUGUUUGUUGAAAAGAGUCAGACAUUACUAGAACAGAGGAAUGAGGGGUUUAAGACGACGGCAACCACGUCCCAGGCCAAGGUGCUUUCACUGGAGCAGGAGAAGGUUCAACUGGCUACACAGUUGAAUGUGGCAACAUCCCAGCUGGGGACGUUACAACUGGAGAUCGCAGGGAUGAGGAAGAAGGAGAUGGAACUACAACAGAAGCUGGGAUCAUCAUCAAAUGACUACAAGAAAAAUACAGAGGAGCUGGACAGCCUUCAGGCACAACAUACAGAGGAUGAAGAAAGAAUCCAGAAACUGUCAUCAAACCUGAGGGAGGAGAAACAGAGGAGAAAAGAAAGUGACAAUAAACUGUCUCACCUUACAGAGGAGCUCGCUGACCUCCGAGUCACCGCAGAAAGUCUUGAGAAGAAUCUAGGGGAUAGAAAGAAAAACGCAGCUGGAGAGAGGAGGAAAAUGGAGGAAGAAAUGGAAGAAAGCAAGCUACAAUUUGAGCAAGAGAUCCAGACUUUGAGGGAGAAGCUGAGGCGACAGAAAACCUCGACAGAUGCAGCCAAGGCCGAGCAGGUGUCCAAACUGGAGGAGGAGAUUGGGGAGGAGUGGAAGGCCAAGUCAGAAAAACAGCUGGCAGCCGCUCAGGACAGACAUGCCAGAGUUCUUCAGGGUGUGAAGGAAGAAAAGGAGGAACUAGAACAAAAAGUCACAGAGUUGGAGUCAAAGAUUCAGAGUCUGCGGACAUCAUCAGGAGGAUCCGAGGAACGUAUCAUGAACCUUCAGGAUCAGCUGGAUGAUAUGACUGGCUGGAAGAACAAGUAUGACUCUCUACGAGACCAGGCCGGUGCUAUGAGAGACAAGUAUGAGGCCCGUAUAUCUGAGGUGGAGGAGGAGCGGGACGGCCUGGCCAGUCAGCGAGACGGCCUGGCCAGUCAGCGAGACCAGUUGUCAGAGCAAGUAGCCACGUUACGGAAGCAAGGAGCAUCACCAGCGCCGUCUGGUGGGAGCAGCAAUGUAUCGGUCAUCACAGAGGUUAAGAAGAUAAUGAACUCUGUAUAUCAACAACUUCGAGGCCAGUUUACAGCCGAGGGGAAUUAUUCUGGUGCAGACAUCCUAGCCGCCAUACUUGAGGCUAUCAAAUCAACAACUCUAAAACUAGUCCAGCAACAGUCACAGGGACCAUCGGCAGAGGAGGAGGAGGAGGAAGAAGAAGAUGAUGAAGAGGAACUGGAGGAUAGUGAAGAGGAGGAAGAGGAGGAAGAGGAGGAAGCAGAAGAUAAAGCAUCCCCACACCCUACCACAGAAACAGCAGAGCCUCCUGCGGAGAAAGAGACAGCAGCAACUGUACAGAGUGCAGAAAAACAGGACCCUUCAGAAGAAAGUGAGGAAAGUGAUGAUUUUGAUGAGGAAGAGGGAGAAACACUUCCAGAUUUGCCAGAAGUACCCAAGGUUGCUGAUGAUAAUAAGAGUUUACCUAUUGAGGACCCUACAGUAGAGCCUCAGCCUCAAAAAACAGAGGAGAGUUCCCAAAGUGUAGAUAACUCAGGGUUAGAAGCAAUGGAGAGUAAACAAGGGGAAGAUAACUCUGAUAAACAACAGGAUAGUGAACCGGUGAAACAAGGGGUAGAUAACUCUAAUGAACAACAGGAUAGUGAACCAGUGAUAGAACAAAGUGUUACAGAAAAUAAACCAGAGACAAAUCAUAUAGGACCAGAAAUUCCAAAAUCAGAACCAGUCAAACGGGAAUCAGAAAGUAGUGAAAUUAUACCAGCAACCUCAAGAACGCCUCCACCUUUGUUGGAUGAUGAGGAGGAGGAAGAGGAAGAAAAGGAGGAGGAUGCAGGGAAUAAACCCCUGUUCGGUGAGGACGAUACAGUAGAAGAUACCCUAGGGAUUUCCUUCAAACCAAAUACUGAUAAAGAUAAGGACAAAAAGCUACCAACAAAAAAGGACCUGGAAAAUGAUGAGGACCUGAAGCCCCAGCCUCCUCCGCCAUUGUUUGGUGAUGAUGAUGACGAUGAUGACUUGGACUGGCUCAGCUAAUGAAUGGCAAAAUAUGUAGACUGUUCUUUAAGUGCUCAUAUAUAUUACUCCAGUGAUGACUGACUUAAGCUUGUUCAACAUUAAUUUCACAAAGUGCUCAAGGGGAGGGGCAUGCUCUCCCAUGUUGAAGGCAAACAGAUACUGUAAAAGUACUUAUUUUAGCGGACUCAAAUUUUAGGGCAUUCUCAAAUUUUAACAGAUUACUGCAUUGAUGAGUUGAUGCACCCACAAUACAUGCAAUAAGAAAUUAUGUACAGAAACUUUAAUCAGUGCCGUCAUAAUUAAGCACAAUAUUUAGAGCGUGAAAAACGCAAAAAAAAUCAGAAUGCAUCUAAAAUAUGUACAUUUACAGUUAAUCAAUAACUUGUUUUUCAUUAUUUAUAUUGGACCAACCAGCAUUUCAUCACUCACUCUAGUAAUGAAGAGACCCCUGCCUUGUGUAGAAGUAUCGUGGCUGUGAUAUAGAUGUCGUAAAUGUGUAACUAGGAACGUGUUGAUGGGUCCGUCACGGUGAUGAUAGUUGUAACGGAGAUCGUUACUGUAUGCUUGUGUUGAUAUGGAGAAAUAUCAACUUACUACAUGAUGGUGUGAUUGUUGUACAGUAUAGAUAUUCAUUCUUCAGAAAUAGUUCAAGUAGAUAUCAAUAAAGUGACAGAUCAGCCAGUCAUCUUACAGGUAUCGGGAUGUAAGACAGUACGAAUGUAUUCAAGCUAUGAUCUAGCUACCAUUGAUUGGUAUGUAGAUGUAUUGUUAUAAAGAAAUGUAAUAUUACUUUGGAAAUUAAUCAACAAAACACAUUUUCAAUCACAUUCUGUGAAUUCAAAGGUCAUAGGCGACUGUUGCUUUUUUUUCCUUUCUUGGUACACUGGCAGUGAUUUCCUUUAAAACUUUUCUCUAAUUAUUUUGGAUAUGAGUGUGACAGAUUCAUAGGUCUAAGGUGAAAUUUAAAAAAAAAAAUCCAGAACAAUGUUACAGAUUUAGCAGUAUGAUACAAUGUCCACAAGGCUUUUUAAUGUAAUUUUAUAGAUAUUGAUUAAAAGACAAGAUUAGGAAAAGAUUUCAUUUGUGAAUUAGACUUUUUUUACAAGUUGUUUUUGAGGAAGCCUAUAGAUAUGUCUGUAUGUAUAAGCUAUACAAGUCGACAUACUGUACUCAGUCAAUAUUCAUGUCACUUUUGUGUAAACGUUGGAAGGUUCAAAGACAGCCAUACUAGGUUGUAUCUGAUAAAUAUUGAUACUCAAAUUGUCUGUGUGAGGAGAGGUGCUGCAAUCUGUGAGAGGAGUCGAAGUCAAUGGAACGGCCUUUGUAACAAACUUUUCCACACUGUGCCAAAAUAUAUAUAUUGUGCGACUACCCAGAUUUUGGUUUAUAAAUGAUAGUCAUCUUGUUGGAAAAUGUUUAAAAGUAUCAAGUAUUGACCCAUUCAGCAGAAUAUCAUUUGUAUUCAUUAAGUGGCAAGGAACAUUCUGCAACUUUGUCAUUUGUCAGUUUUGCACAUAAUAUUGGACCACCAUUUUCUGGUCAGAAUUAAUCAUCUUAACACUUGUUGCAUACGUUUCAAGUGUGCACCUAUUGAUCGGAAAAUAUUCAUUAUGGUUAGUUUAAUCUUUCAAUCAGCAUCUUGGGUACUGUAUAACACAACACAUUUGUGGGUAUUUUCUUUCUCAGUUUUACAUUUACUCGUAAUCUGGUCACCGACACAAACUUUCCUGGUCUGCCUGUAUGUUUGAAAAAAAGUAAAUUGUUCAUAUAUUGCCCAUACUUUAUUGGUCAUUUGACUAAGCCAAGGAAAUAAACAUCAGAAGUUUUAUGGUGAUGUCAAUUAAAAAACCCAAAUUAUCAAUUUGGCUGAUUCAGGCCCAUAGAAAGAUAAUUUGUUAUUUUUACCCAUUGAAUUUUCCUGCAUAAUAAAUAUAGAAUGAUAUAAUUGAUGACGUAAAUUUAGGUGCACCUCAUUUACAGGCUAGUAAGACCCCUGACCAGAGGCUGGUGUUAAACCAUACACUAAAACACACAUUUACAGGCUAGUAAGACCCCUGACCAGAGGCUGAUGUUAAACCAUACACUAAAAAAUACAUUUACAGGCUA